UAUGUGUAAUGUGUCAGAUCUGCAGUAGAGUAAAAAUGAGACCCAAUACCCAAAUUCGCCGGAUUUGUUUGUUUAAUUGUCUUCUCUCUUCUCUCUCUAUACUUUUUUUCUCAGCUUUAGUAUAGUAACUUGAAAAGGUUAAAGGCGUAUACAUACAGUUUGUAUAAUAUGACAGACCCCGCAAUUAAACUCUUCGGCAGGACAAUUCAGUUGCCGGAUAUUCCGGAUUCUUCGGGAGCUCAGGGAGAUGAUUCUUUGCCGGGAGACAAUAACGGAGAAUUAGAAGAAGAAGAUGAAGAAGCUCAUAAGGAUGACUUUGGAGGAAACCUGGAUGAUGACGAGGAAGAGAUGGAAAUUUUGACUGGCAAGGAGCUGCAGGAUCAGAAUUCAGAACCAACUAGAACUGAUAGUAUAAAGGAGCUGCCUGUUGAUAACGACUGUUCAAUAAGACCUUCAAAAAGUGAAGAAGAGCAAGGAGAAGCAAGUAAUUCGCAAGAGAAAAUCCUCAAAAAGCCAGACAAGAUAAUUCCAUGUCCUCGGUGCAACAGCAUGGAAACCAAAUUUUGUUAUUUCAACAAUUACAAUGUGAACCAGCCUAGACACUUCUGCAAGAGUUGCCAGAGAUAUUGGACAGCUGGUGGGACCAUGAGGAAUGUGCCUGUAGGUGCUGGUCGUCGGAAAAACAAGAACUCUAUUCCACAUUACCGUCAAAUAUCUGUCUCUGAAACACUUUCGAAUACACAAACAGAUUAUCCAAAUGGAAUACAACAGCCUAUUCUUGCAUUUGGCUCCCCUACACCUCUCUGUGAAUCAAUGGCUUCAGUUUUGUAUAUUGCUGACAAAACAAUGCAUAAUUGCUCACAAAAUGGGUUCCACAAACCACAGGAGCCUGGGGUUCCAGUUAGUUACGUAGUUGGAGAUAAUGGAGAUGACCAUUCCAGAAGAUCCUCAGUGACUUCUGCAAAUUCAGAGGAUGAGGUUAACAAAACUGUACCAGACCUGUUAAAGAAGAACUGCCAUAACUUUCCACCUUACAUGACUUACUAUCCCGGGGCUCCUUGGCCAUAUCCGUGCAGUCCUGUCCCGUGGAACUCUGCAGUCCCUCCUCCUGGUUAUUGCCCUCCUGGUUUUCCUAUGCCGUUUUACCCUGCAGCUUCUUAUUGGGGUUAUACUGUAGCAGGUUCUUGGAAUGUUCCUUGGAUGUCCCCAGCUACUGUUUCCCUAAUCCAAACACCUACGACUUCUGGUCCUAUUUCUCCCGCUCUGGGGAAACACUCAAGGGAUGAAAACGUACAAAAACCGCUGAGUAGCAUGGAAGAACCUUCAAACGAGAGUAAUCCUGAGAAGUGCCUCUGGGUCCCAAAAACUCUGCGAAUUGAUGAUCCAGGAGAGGCUGCAAAGAGUUCUAUAUGGGCGACAUUGGGAAUAAAACAUGAUACCGUUGAUUCAGUUGGUGGAAGUCCUUUCAGUGCUUUUCAGCCGAAAAAUGAUGACAACAAUAGGGUUUCAGAAAACUCUACUGUAUUACAAGCAAACCCAGCAGCAUUGUCUCGGUCAGUAAAUUUCAAUGAGAGCUUAUAAGCAGUUGUGAAAUCAUUGAGAAUGUGAAAUUCAGACAGUGUUGGCAAGGCCAGGCAGGAAUUCUUCUGCUCAGUAACUCUUAAACUACUGUUACUUGUCGGCUUGUUUUGGUUAGCGUGAGUUCUUCACACAGUAGUGUUGGCUAAACUGUAGGAUAGGUUCCUUCAAUUUCAUUCAGAUCGGAGUAGAUCAAUAUCUUGCAGCUAAUAUCUCCUUCUUGUGUGAAAAAGAAAGGUUCUUUUUGGUUGAUAGUGUUCUCUUUUUUCUUUUCCAUUUUUCGUAGUUGAUGUAUAUAAUUGUAUUUAAGAAAGUGAGAGGUAAACUAGGCUGUUUGUGUAGCAAAUUUGCCGUGUGAUGAAUAAGUUGAAGGUAAAAUUAAAAGUUCAUUAUUUGCUUAAUCA